UCUAUAUUCAAUACUUCCGCAUUGAAAAAAAAUCAACACAAACAGUGAAUAAGUCAAUGUCAUUAACAUUGUUAUAAAUGCAUGUUAUCAACAAAUAUCUUGUUGUGGAUGUGUAGUGCUCUAUAUGGGGUGAUGGCGUAAUUUGUUAGCAGUAUCAUCAUGGAAUGUAAACGAGCUAAACGUACAUUUUCAACGGCACAGUAAAUUCAUGGUGCACUUUCGUUUUUGAAAGUGUCUAUUGUCUAAUGUGAAAUGUUUCCACUUAAAUAACGUAGACUUGACUUUAAAAUGUAUUUAGUAAAAAUUGCUAUUUCACUUUUUACAGAAAACUGCAAAUAAACUAUUGCAAAGGAAAUGUCGGAUUACCGGGAUAUAUUUCGAAGGCCGGAAACCCAGAACUGGUUUAAGGCGGCCAUGGGUAUGAAUAUCACACGUGAAUGCCUGCUCGACAUUGUAAAAGAGGCUAUGCACGAAUUUUAUCAUACCAUCCGUAAAGAGAUAAAGCGAAAACACGGUAUUCCGGAGAUCGCUGUCUGCAGUCAAUGUCACACUGCAAACGUGCUGCCCUGUGAUACCGAUAAUAAGUGCUGCAAAUACAGAAAAUGCGAAUUUCAUGCAAUUUACAAGCCGCAGAAUUGCCCCGGUAACAAUUUAUGUAACAACAUUUGUAAGGAAAUUGUAGAAAAUCACCGAUUUCGCAAUCGUUCAAAGCCAAAAAGCGUUCAAGGCCCCACAUGGGUAAACACUGAUGCGUGCAAAUGGUGUGUACACUCUUGGCAGAUUGCCAAAUGCUAUCUCUCAAAAGACGGCUACAAAGAUGCAAACAAAGCAGAAGAUACCGACUUUAAUGGCAUAGUAAAUGUCAUAUACAACUGUGAAUUCUUUCAAAGGUAUUUCACGGACGACCUGUCACAAACGGAAAAUGUCUGCACAAAGGCUAGAGAUGUUGGGCGUGACGUUCGCCAUGCGCCCUCAAACGCCAUGACUCAACAGGAGAGUGACCGAGCCAUCGACACUCUAGUAGCGUUGUUGCAGAGCCUAAAAAAUGCCGAUCACCAGGGUGCUUCGAAGUCUGCCGUGGACAAAAUAACACAGUUGAAGAACAAUACACUGGCUAUAACAGACGAAGAUGUUACGAAGAUCCUUGAAGCAUUCAGAGAAAGUUUGACAGAAGAAAUCAAAAGAAUUCUCUUAUACGAAAAGGAUAAACAUGUAGUUACAAUGGAGAACACGGGCAAAAGCAUCACUGCAGAAAUCAUAAAAGCUGGAGAAGAACAAAUUGCGAUUAUAAAGAGGACACAUGAAGACAAUUCAUGCAUAAAAAGCAAACGUGCAAGGAAGGGCUUGGACUCGGACCAAGAUCUAGGAAGAACUGGCAAUGACAUUGCAUCGAUUGAGAGUCCAUUUGCAAGAGACAGUCCAUUAUUCAAAAUUAAGGCCUGGUUAAUAGAACAGUACCAGUCGAAGUGUGUCGCGCCGGUGUCGAUGCUGGAUCCUGACAUAGAUGUACCUUUAGAACGGAUCUACGUUCCCCCGUCCAUCAAGGAACUUAAAAGAGGCCAGGAAGAUAGAUGUGGCGGGAUUGAGACGGACAAUACAUCAAGGGGGGAAAACGACGUGAGUUGCUACAAAGAGUUGCUUCAUCGUGACGGGAAUCAGAAUAAUACAAUGUAUAUCCAAGGCGAUCCUGGUUGUGGCAAAACGACCUUUUCAACUAAACUGGUUCUUGAUUGGUGUAAUGCCCAUUCAGAAAAUGGUGCCAGUACUAAGAAAAAAAGAAAAGUCACUACCAGAGGAAAGGCAUCAAACCGAACAGGUUUCAGCGAUCUUGACACUUUGCGAGACUACAAAUUUCUGUUUUUUGUGUCAUUACGUGAUUACAGUGGAACCAUGUGCAACGUCAGCCAGAUGGUCGAGGAAGCCAUACAAAGCAACAAACUACCAUGGGAUGACAGUGUCUGGGAAGAUAAAUGUAUUGUUCUGACAGACGCCGCAGACGAAUGGCACCACCCUGACCCAUCGAAAUCUAACUCAGCGUGCAAGUGUAAAGAUCGAAGUAUGCCACAGUUUUUACAAAGAAAUAACAUUACAAACAUUAUAACCGCACGCCCCUGGAAACUUGCCAACCUCAAAAUGAGCGAUACGUCAACUCGUAUAUUCCAAAUAUCGGGGGUUUUGGACUACAAAAUCUUGGCGGAAAAUGUCAUUAAUGUUUUAGCUGAGAAAGACGGUAUUUCGCAAAAGGCUCAACAAAGCAAAUUGUAUGAUUUCUUGAAGAAACUAGAGAAUAAAAACAUGGGAAAUCUCAUGACAAUACCAGCUAUUUGUGUGCAGCUCGUUCAUCAGUAUUACGUUGGACGUUUAAUCGAAGAUUCACUAUGCUCUAUAUACAUGAAUAUGCUAGAUAUGCACAUAGCCAAUGGGUUGCACAAACUUCAAAUUGAAGAUUUUGACACUGAAGAAAUUUGCGUUAAAGAAAUAGAACACAUAUUUGAAACAGGAAAAAACGAGUAUAUGUCGGCUAAUGGGUCGCUAAUUCGCUCUGCAUGUGCACUAGCGUUUAAGACACUAACACACUCUAGUAAAGAAUCGUCGCUAGUCUUUGCGGAAAACACAAUGACAAACCACAUGACAAAAACACAAGUUGAUUACUUACUUCAGACAGGGAUUAUCACAAAGAAAAAAUCGUUGGCGCUUAGCCAGCAAAAGAAUAUUCCAUACAUGUUCGUACACAAAACUAUUCAGGAGUUUCUAGCAUCGAUGCAUAUUGCAAUUAAUCAGACGGAUAUUGAAGACAUCCUGAAAGACAUACAGAGGGUGUAUUGUGAUGGUGAGUCUAUUCUGGACAUUGGACAGUUAUUUAUCUUCACGUGUGGAAUGUGUGUUCCAGUGGCUGAAAGAAUGUCAAAGCACAUGAUGGAUGUCAUAACAAGCGACAUGAAAAGCAAGCUGCUUUCUAUUUCAGACCAGGAGAUGGAUCUAUUUUCCACGCCUUAUUUAGCACAAAGAAUUUUAUUGGGUGGCUUUAUUGAAAGGUUGGCGAAUAAACAGCCGUGCUUACAACUGACACUCACUCAUAUAGCACUUGAUGAUUUUAGAAGUGCUACCAUCAAGGAAAUCGAUGCUUUAAAUACGUUAAUAGAUAUGAACAUCUCAAACAUCACAAGCAUGGAUGCAUUUUACUUUUCCAAUUCUCAACAGUUAUCAAAUCGUGUACAGGAAAUUAUUUCGCAAUCGAGAGAAUCAUUGUCGUAUCUGCGGCUUAGAGACUGGAUUCAAUCAGACCAAGUACAAUACGACCUACAGGGUCUUAAGCUCAAGAGCUUACUUUGUUAUGGAGGUACCGUUUUAAGUAAUUUAGACUGCACCUAUAUGCGUUCGUGUUCUAUAUUAUAUCCAACACCAUUAUCAGAGGGGCGCAUCUUACAAUCAAUGUCCAUCACUGGUAAAAACAUUACACGUCUACAGCUGAUGGAUGUUCAAUCAAUUGACCUUCUCUGUGCAGCUCUUCCAACCCUGACUAGUCUACACACGCUUACAAUAUAUUGGACAACUCCUGGGGUUACACUGCUGUCCUCUCUUCCUGAAUCGAUCAGAAAGGUAGUUUAUAUACGCAGCAAUGUUUCCGCUCAAGAUGUAAAGUCAAUGGUGGUAUGGUCAAAAUCACGAGACGCGUGUGUGCGUUGUGUAUUGUUGGACUGUCGUAUAACUGCCAAUAACACGGAAACUUGUAACUGGAUGAAACAGCAGGACGGCAUUGAUAUUACACAAUGCGAAUUCAAAGAAUAUGGCAUAUCUAAAGAUUGGUUUAUUUCUGUUUCCUGGAGCACCAUUUUAUCAAAGUGAAAAUUAUCAAACAAGUUGUCACAGAUUCAAGACGAAAGGAGAGUGACAUAACACUAAGCACGUAGACAACAUUACAAAUUUACAUUUGCUUCAUAAUUGGAAAUUUAUAAAACUAUACAGAAUUACAAACGCGAAAAGUGAAUAAUCUAAAUGUGCUCGUUUCUUUUUUUUGUGUUCUUUAAAUUUGGUGGCGAUGCUCAAUUCACUAAUAUAAAUCUUUAAAUGAUUUUGACUGAAGCUUGGACAAAAUGCAAAAACCGUAAACAACACCCUUAUAUGUUAAAUAAUUAGCUUUCGCUUUACUGUGUAAUUAUUAUCAAUAAUUUAUACAACUUCAUGAUGUAGCUAUACAUUCCAUUUGAAAAACGAGUGAAGAGUUUAUUAUAUACGAGUUUGUGUUUUGUCUCCGGUGCUUUGCAUCUCACGGAACACUGAUGUAUUCUAUUUCACUCGCCCUUCGAGAGUUUUAUAUGCCAUUGAAUUAUGUUAAAAUAAGUAUUUUUAAUAUAAUAUGUUUUCCAGUUAUUAAGUAACCUAUUCCACGAGACAAUAUAUUGUAUAUAUGCAUUAUAAUCCUCCCUCUAUAUGUUAACGACUCGUAUAAUUUAUGUUAUGUGUAAUCAUGUGUUAUUUAUGAAUGAAAAGAACGCACUAUACCUUCGGAGGAACUUCUAACUAUACAGUGCUGAAAUACAUUUGUAUCAUAAACGGCAGAUUAUUUCACAGUAAAUGUGAGGUUAAAUCUUGUAAUAUUCCAUAAAUUGUAUUUGAACGUGCUCACUCUUUUCAAUUAUCAAUAAAUCGCUGCACUUGUAAGGACUGACUAUUUUUUAUUUAAUUGUACAGAUGGUUUAAUUUAAGAUGAUAUUUUCCAAAUAAACCUUUUUUAUACUUCUC